GUGGUCCGCCGGCCUCCACGCCGCCAUGCAGGUCUCCAGCCUCAACGAGGUGAAGAUCUACAGCCUGAGCUGCGGCAAGUCCCUCCCCGAGUGGCUUUCUGACAGGAAGAAGAGAGCACUGCAGAAGAAAGAUGUAGAUGUCCGGAGGAGAAUUGAACUUAUUCAGGAUUUUGAAAUGCCUACUGUUUGUACCACUAUUAAGGUUUCAAAAGAUGGACAAUAUAUUUUAGCAACUGGAACGUAUAAACCUCGGGUUCGAUGCUAUGACACCUAUCAGUUAUCCUUGAAGUUUGAAAGGUGUUUAGAUUCCGAAGUUGUCACCUUCGAAACAUUGUCUGAUGACUAUUCAAAGAUUGUCUUCUUACAUAACGACAGGUACAUUGAGUUCCACUCGCAGUCCGGCUUCUACUACAAAACCAGAAUCCCCAAGUUCGGGCGGGACUUUUCCUACCACUACCCAUCCUGCGACUUGUACUUCGUUGGCGCCAGCUCCGAAGUUUAUAGGUUAAACUUAGAACAAGGACGCUACCUAAAUCCUCUACAAACUGACGCUGCGGAGAACAACGUUUGUGACAUAAACUCAGUGCACGGCCUGUUUGCCACAGGAACAGUGGAGGGCCGAGUGGAGUGCUGGGACCCGCGGGUUCGGAGCAGAGUGGGGCUGCUGGACUGUGCGUUAAGCAGCGUCACAGCCGAUUCGGAGGUGAACAGCUUACCGACCAUCUCUGCCCUCAAGUUUAAUGGUGCCUUAACCAUGGCAGUGGGAACAUCCACAGGGCAGGUCUUAUUGUAUGAUCUUCGCUCAGAUAAGCCACUGCUAGUUAAGGAUCACCAGUAUGGGCUGCCCAUCAAGUCGGUCCAUUUCCAGAAUUCUUUAGAUUUGAUUCUGUCUGCAGACUCUCGAAUUAUCAAAAUGUGGAAUAAGAACUCAGGAAAGAUAUUUACCUCCUUGGAGCCAGAACAUGACAUCAAUGAUGUCUGCCUCUAUCCCAACUCAGGAAUGCUGCUGACCGCCAACGAAACACCCAAGAUGGGCAUCUAUUACAUUCCGGUGCUGGGCCCCGCUCCCAGGUGGUGCUCCUUCCUGGACAACCUGACGGAGGAAUUGGAAGAGAACCCAGAAAGCACGGUUUACGACGAUUACAAGUUCGUCACCAGGAAAGACCUGGAGAAUUUAGGGCUCACGCAUCUCAUCGGAUCCCCUUUCCUCCGGGCAUACAUGCAUGGAUUUUUCAUGGACAUCAGACUCUAUCACAAGGUGAAAUUGAUGGUAAAUCCAUUCGCUUAUGAAGAAUAUAGGAAAGAUAAGAUCCGACAGAAGAUAGAAGAAACACGGGCACAGAGAGUCCAAUUAAAGAAAUUGCCGAAAGUUAACAAGGAGCUGGCGCUGAAAUUAAUCGAGGAGGAGGAGGAGAAGCAAAGAGCUACAUGGAAAAAGAAAGUGAAGAACCUUCCUAACAUUCUCACCGACGAUCGGUUCAAAGUUAUGUUUGAGAACCCUGACUUCCAAGUAGACGAAGAGAGUGAAGAAUUCAGGCUUUUGAAUCCACUUGUUUCAAAAAUUAGUGAAAAGAGGAAGAAGAAACUGAGACUCUUAGAGCAACAAGAAGCUCCUCAAAAGGAAGAGGAGGAAGAGCUGGAAGGAAGGCCCAGCGAUGCGGAAAGCUCUGAGAGCUCCGAUGAUGAGAAGGGCUGGGUCGACGAGGUCAGGAAGCAGCGGCGGCUGCUGCAGCAGGAGGAGAGGGCGAGGCGGCAGGAGCGGCUCAGGGAGGACCAGCAGACGGUCCUCAGGCCCCAGUUCUAUGAGAUCAAAGCCGGCGAGGAGUUCAGGAGCUUCAAGGACUCCGCCACCAGGCAGAGGCUGAGGAACAAAACCUUAGAAGAUCGGCUGAAACUGGAAGCAAAGAACGGGACGUUGAGUGUGUCCGACACCACGGUGGGCAGCAAGCAGCUGACAUUCACGCUGAAGAGGUCGGAGCAGCAGAAGCAGCAGCAGGCGGCCGAGAAGAUGCACCGGCAGGAGAGGAAGGCGCUGCGCCGCCCCGCCGGCCACCUCAAGUCCCGGCGCAAGCGAGGACGGCCCUUCCCCUGAGCCCUGAGGCCCGCACCGGACUCAGCAGCUCCGCCCGCUGGCCAUCGGGAGCCGGUGUCCACUCCCACCUCCACGGCCAAGACUGACAACGUGUCCCCCGCCGUCUGGGCCAGAGCGGUGCCUCCCCCCGUCAAUCAUGCCAAUCAAGAGGACCGGGGGAUGGUGUCUCACCGGUGAAACGGGAGCCAGGCCUGGGGGCCUGUGCUGACAGUGAGGCUGAGCGUGUCCCUGCGCUCCUCUCCCAGGCCCCCCUCUCCCCGCGGACCCCCCAGAAGCACGUGUGGUCUGCUCCUGUGCAGCCUUGGUGGGGUGUGUGUGUGUGUGUGUGUGUGUGCUGGUAGGUGUGCUGCUGGUCUAUAUAUCAGUGUGGGAUUUUAAAAAAUAUUUUUAUACCAAGAGAAUAUAAAAUAUGUAAUAACCUAAAACAAGAAAUAGAAGCUUACUUGUAUUCUUUUAUACUCAGUUCAAGCUUACAUUCAGACUUUUUUAUGUUUCUCCCCCGCACAGAGAGAAAUGGCUGGAGAACACAUUUAUAAAAAUAAACACUGUGUAUGAACGGCUUCUU